UCCGAAUCAAACACCCUCGCAACCAAACAAUGAACCUAUCCUUUCUCCUUUCCAUAAGUUUCAACCAGAGCAUUAACUUUGGGUUUAGGGUUUCUAUUUACUUUGCGGUUUGCUCUUUCUCGUCAUCGGCACACCUGCACUGAUGUCUCUCCCGACGCCUGCUCAUUCAUCAGUGCUCUUCACAUGGGAAAUUGAAGAAUUUUCGAAGCUGAAGGCUAAACUCUACUCCGAAAUCUUCUACUGCGGUGGAUACGAAUGGCGGCUGCUUGUAUUUCCCAAGGGUAACAACACCGAACAUUUGUCGGUGUAUUUAGAUUUUCCCGAAUCGGCGAAGUUGCCGCCCGGGUGGAGUAGAUACGCCCGUUUCAGCAUAUCUGUGUUCAAUCAAAUCCGUAACGCAGAUACAAGUACCAGACGCGCAGAACACAAGUUCAAUGCAGAAGAACGUGAUUGGGGUUUCACUUUUUUCUUGCCUCUUAUAAAACUGAAUGAUCCCAAGGAAGGUUUUCUGGUGAAUGAUACUAUUGUACUUGAAGCCGGCGUUACCAUCCCCAGUUCCCAUGACUCAAGAAAGGAGAUUGGUUGUGAACCAAAAAAUGCUGACGUUGCUGGGACUACUUCUCAAGUCAGGUUUUUGUCAUACUGGGUUUCUUCAGUGGCAUUCCUGUUACUUGAAAAGAUCCACUGCCUUCACGAGGGCACUUAUGUCAAAUUCUCAAUGAAAGGUCGGGCUCUGCCAACUAUGCUACUUGAGUCGUUUGCUGAGUUCAUUGCGUCGAUGUCAGCCACUAAGGUGAAUGAAUUGAAUGAGGAAGCGUCGCGACUGGCUGCCAAUUCGAUAGAGGACUUUGAGCAAGUAGGGUUGGACUUGAGGUUGCUGAAGCGGAGGCUAGAGGAAGCUAAGGUGGUGAAAAAGCACUCGGAGUCUGUCAACACUGUUGAGUCUUGUACGAGUGCUUUGGAAGUGGCUCGAGCUACUGUUGACUCAUGUACAGGUGCUUUGGAAGUGGCUCGAGCCAAGGUUCGUGAACUCGAAGAUGGGCUUGCCAAAGCCAAGUUAGAAGGAGAGGUGUUGUCCAGGGAACUGCCAAAAUCACUGGGAGUGAAUGAUUCUGUACUUAAGGAUAUUGUGUAGAUGUUCUCGAAAAAAGUAUAUUGUGUAUAUAGCAAUUCUGAAGGAGCUUCAGUAUUAACAGACAUGAAUGCAUGAUGACAGUACUCUGGAAAUCGAAACUUAUGUUAUUAUGGUGUCUUCA